AUGUGGGCGCCGUCGGCAGCGCUGCACAGUUCUGCCUUUGGGGAAGAUUGGGGAAUAAGUAAGCGAGGCCUGGACGAGAAGAGCUGUUGGCAUUUGACGCUCUUGGACGUCGAGGGGUUAUCGCGAUCGCUUCGGUUGCUGAUUAGCGAUUACGACGAGAGCACUAUCGGACAGGCCUCGACGCUACUCAUGAUCGUCACAGGGUCCACCCUCGGAAGACCCGGGACGACCCUCGCUCGAUGGAUGGACGGGAUGCGGGCCUCGUGGCUGUCUGCUUCGACGCCUUCACUGCAGACGCUCUCGGCGAGACUCCCUACGGCCGCACACGACCACUUCCACAUCUCUCGACUCAUAGUUCACCAGGACCAUCGCCCCUGCUUCCCCCCGACGUGUGCGCGAGAGCGGCAGAGCCAUCCAGCGCAGCCUCAGACGGGCGGGCUGGGCUGGUUCGCCGGCGGGCCCGGGCGCGCUUGGGCGCCUGUUUCGUGUAGAUCCCCCUGUCUGCAGACUAUUAUUCUCGCGUGGGCGGCGCUGAUGGCCGCUCUCGGGCGUUCCCUGUCUGCAUUAUGCUGUGCGAUCAUCAUGCAGCGCCGAGCGGAGAACGUUCAUGUCAUCGGUGUUCGGGAGGGAGGCGAGUAUGAACAACUAUGGAGAUUCUACGUGCCAUCCCUUGAUCCGCCACUGGAACGGGGCGAUGCAGGAAAAAAAGGUUUCGUGAAGUUUUACACGUCCCUUGAUCACCAACCUGCACUAUCAGUGGCGAACUUGAUUAUGCCUCAUCGGGGUGGACGCGUAGACGUCCUUGUUCCCCAUAAGCGUCCAUACGUACCCACAGACCUCCAUGCCAACAUUAUUGUGGGCGCCAGUGUUGUACUCAUCCCAAAUAAGGAUGUGUUUACCUUUCACUUGCAGACCUGUGAUAGCACAUCCUGUAGAGGAGAGGACGUUCGCAGGCGUCCGAAUAUGGCGGGGACAGAGUCAGAUUUUAAUAUGUGUGCAUUCCAGGAACGAUGGGACAGCGGCGGCGCCGUUGCACGAGGCAAUAGGAUUGCCAGCAUGUAUCACCGAACACUUGGCUUGAGCCGCGUUGCACGCAGCUGA